CUUAUGGAUCUACAUGCUCCCUGCAGCUGCAUUGUCUUCUCCGCACGGCGGCGCCUUCUUCAACUGAACUCCGCAUCACCUCUUCGAUUCGCCCUACGCAGAUGAACUCCACCGACCAGGGAUUACAGGUCACCAUGGUCGCCGACCAGCUCCUUGAUCAGAACGCGAUGGCCGCCGACGAGCUCCGUGAUCAGAUCACGUUGGCGCCCGAGAAACUCCCUGUUCCUAACCCAGCGCCUUCCGCCUGCUCCACCAACAACUGUCUGCGGGGCCUUGCACAGGAAGAUGACUAUGUAAUACUGAUUCCUCUUUCCCACAUCUUUGCCCUCAUGCUGCGAGCUCUCAAGUUGCCCCCUGCGACUUACCAACACAAGCCAUAUCCGGGCAAUGAGUCUUGUGUGACGGUUACUUUCAAUUCAUCGUUGCAAUUGAUCGAGGGUUUACUUGUUCCAACCUCAAUAUCUGGUGUGAUCUCAAAAAACUGUGAUGAAGCAGAAGACAGUGCUGCUAUGGCAGCCAUUAAGUUUAUGGAGGAUGUAUGUGGCAAGGAAGUCAGGGAUUAUCACUACAUCCAUGUUAAAAGGCUGGAAAGUAAGGUGACACACCUAAUAAGGUUGCUGGUUGCAGCAAACAAAACAAUAAAGAAGGCACGCAGAGGAUGGUACUAUGCUGCCAGAUAUAUGAACUCGUAUUCCAACCAGAUACAGAAUACGACCGUUACUCGGUACCUAAGAGGGCAUGACAGCACCAAAUGGGCUAUGAAAACGGCACUCGCAAGCACGGGAAAGUUGGCAAAAAGGCUACGUUAUAUUGGCAUGAAAUCCGAGCAGCACCUAGAGACCACGGUCUGGUGAUCUUCGGUCAGCGCAUCGUACCCAACAUGUUUACAGAUCAUUGCCUUUGCCCUUUUGAUGUUCUUUUGAACAAAAACUACAUAUUCUAUGGAUUGCUGUUAUCGUCAAGUGUACUUUCUGUUGUUAUCGUUAAGUGUGGUUUCUAUGAAUGUAUGCUGUUUGGUGACUUCCCAUGUUGUGCACGUGAAUGAUCUUUGUUUCCAACGGAUUCUUCGGUGAUUCUUCCUGUUAUAUAUGAAUCUCCUUUAAUUUUUUU